UAUUUUCUGUGUACGCCACUGCCAUGUGACAUCACACUACCAUUGAUUAAACAUAUUUGUAUGUUUAUACAAAUGUGUUUAAUCAAUAAUAGAACCGUGUCUAAUUUCGCCUGUACCAUGGUGACAUUCGUCAAGAAUAAUGAUCAUGUGUCAUGCGUCAUGCGUCGUACAUCUAGACUUGGAUUCUUCAGUCGCGACUUGGUGAACGGGAGCGAACAAUUACGCGGUCCAGACACGAUCGGGUACCGAGACCGCGAACGGCGCAGUCGCACUGUUAACGCGGGGCUCAUCGCUGCGCUCUCGGUGCGUUUCCCGAUCAUCGCGUUUCCGUUGCAGUGCGCAUGCUUUGUGCUCCGGCGCAUAAGUGGGAUAGUGUUCUGCCGUUCAAAAUACGAGAGAAAAACAUUCAAUCGUUUACGUUUCGAUUGUCUAGGCGCCGCGCGGUCAACGCUGUGGUGUUUGCGUCUUUAUAAUGCGUUCCGUUGUAACAAUAUUAUUUUUAACAAACCCAUAACGUCGUCGUUGAAACACGACAGAAUAGGUUGGCGAUUGCUAGUCGGUUGCCCUCAACUCGUAAGUAUUCAAUGCGGUCGACCCAAAUACACUGUAUCAUGGGAAUGCUAAGCUUGAGUACAAAUCGUCAUACUUCAAACAUCGUAGAGCACCACAUAGGAAUGAUAUAUAAAAACAUGUAGCAUUAUACAAUUGUAAAUGCGCCAUCAGAAUGGCAGUCGUGGUAUUGGAUAAAUAUCAUUUAGGCAUUAGUGCCAUUAUUGUUGUGGCUAUGCAACUUUUAUUUUUCACCAUUGCUGUUACAUUGCAGUAUGAUAAAGUUGCUGAUUUUGCUGGUGGUAUAAGUUUCAUUUUAGUGGCUGUGCUAACAUAUGGAUUAGCUCAGACUCAUGAUAACCGACAAUUUAUGGUUACAUUAUUUGUAUGUAUUUGGGGUGCCCGAUUAAGUUCUUAUUUGUUUUAUCGGAUAAUGAAAAUUGGAAGAGAUGCUACAUUUCCAGAUCGGCGUAGCAAUAUGAUUCGCUUUGCUGUAUUUUGGACAUUCCAAGCAUUAUGGGUACUAAUUGUUAGUUUGCCUAUUAUUGUAAUCAAUGCACCUCAUAAUUCCAUCAAAGCUGGAGCACCUAAAACUAUGACAACUUUAGAUACUAUUGGUUGUUGUGUGUUCAUUUUUGGUUUCAUUAUUGAAACUUUUGCUGAUUUACAAAAAUAUGCAUUUAGAAGUGAAGAAACAAAUAAAGGGAAAUGGUGUGAUGACGGUUUAUGGAGCAUGUCUAGACAUCCAAAUUAUUUUGGAGAAAUAGUACUUUGGUGGGGUGUUUUUAUUGUCUCGUUGAAUGUAAUUAAAGGUCCUGAGUACAUUGUUGUUCUAUCGCCAAUAUUCACAACAUUUAUAAUACUUUUUCUUUCUGGUAUACCUCACUUAGAACGUGUUUCAGAUCAUAGAUUCAGGAAUAAUGCUCACUAUCAGCUGUAUAAACGUUCUACUUCACCGUUAAUACCUAUCCCACCUUCACUUUAUAUUGAAGUGCCUGGUUUUAUUAAAAUGCUCUGUUGUUGUGAAUUACCUUUAUAUAACUGGAUGAGAGCACACCCUUCAGAUCCACCAGAAGCAGCUCCUGCACCAAAAUCAUCCUAGCAAAAAAAGGGAGCGAAUGUAACAAUGGUUCAGAUUACAGAUCGCUCCCAAGAAGGUCCUGUAUACUCAACAGCUACUACAUAUGUCUAAAACAUAAGUAUUUAUUAAUACUAUUAUGUAGAUAUAUAUUAUGAAAAAAUAAUUUAUUUAGGUAGAAAUUAAUAACAUUAAAUGGAUUGACUAAAAGGUUGUACAAUUUUUGAGACUUAUUCUAAUAUUAUAGUAUAUUUCUAUUCUAUUCAUUACCUUAGUAAUUUUUGGUUUAUGAUAAAAGAAUAAUGAAA